UAAAUUUCUGACAUUUGCAAGUUUCGUCCUUUAGAAGACUUGCGCUUGAUAUGCAAAUAUACAAAAUAAACAGUAAAUAUGGUAAAUAUUGAUAUAGUUGUUCAAAAUAGUGAUAGGUUCACUGGUUCAAAAAAGUAAAAAAGAAACUGUAACAUGAAUACGUACAUGCUUCGAAUGUGUCGCGUUUGUGCAAAAUCGGCCAACAAUGAGGACUCAGGAAAAAAACAUCCGGAAGUGCGGCUCGAAAAUAUUCAUUCAUAUCCGGAUCCUUUGAAUGCACACAGUAGUUACAAGGACAUGUUGUUCACAUUAUGCCCUCAGAUAUUUUCUGAAGAAAAAGAAAUCAACCGGUCUUAUUUACCGGAGUCGGUUUGUCCAGAGUGUCGUCAGCGAAUAGUUUCGGCCUUCGACCUUUACGAGUUAUGCAUCGACACGGAUCGGAAAUUGAGGCAACUAGCUUUAAAAGUGGAAGCAACUAGACCGGUUAAGGUUUUACUGAAAUUAGAAGAACCCGAGGAUCGCAAAGGUCUCUUUGAGCUGCUUGAGAUAUAUUCGGACGAAACUGGAAAAGACACUCACGAAGAUGACAUUUUUUUAAAUUGUAGCAGACCAGAAACACCAAACGAAUCUGAACAUGAAAAUACCAACGAUGAUAAAGCUGAAGAUCCAAGCGAUUUUGAAGACGAAAAACCGAAUAUUCUGGACUUAGAAGAAUCAAGCGAAUCUGUUUCAUCUAAACGGAUCAAGAAAUCAUGCGAUAAAACGUGGCUCGAUUGGAGCGCGCACCUUUCGGGAAUAGGCGUUUGCGUUAAAUUGGAACAAGGCGCAAAAGUGUCAACCGAUGAAAGCUUUUCAGAUGAUGAAAAUGUUCAACAACUGUCACCUAAAAUCAAACCACCAGCUCGCGAAUCGGUGUAUGGUGCCAAUUGGCCUUCUCAAAAAUGCGAUAUUUGUUCGUUUGACUGUAAAUAUCCCAAGACGAUGAACGCACAUUUUCGUUUUGCACAUCGAAAGCGGCUGCUAUCGUGCGAUAUGUGCGACUCGGUUUUUGUCGAACGGGAUAAAUUGGAUAUUCAUCAGGCACUUCAUGAAACCGGUCGACCAUAUCAGUGCCAUCUUUGUCCCACCAGCUAUCGCAAUCCAAGAUCUAUUCUUAUUCAUUUGAGACGUUUUCAUUCUGAUGAGAAGAAGGAGCCUGAUUCUAAAAAUGAGAAUUCUGAAUUGAAUAAUUUGGACAAUGAUGAUACUUCCGAGGACAAUGGUUCAGCAUUUGAAGGGUCGGUGCAGAUAAAAACACAAAAGAAGGUAACCCGGAAAAGGAGCUCAUGUCUAAAGUGUGACAUUUGUCCGUUUGAAUCGAAAUUUCCCAAGACAUUGCUGGAUCACUUGAAACAAAACCACGAGGCGCAACUCAUUGAUUGUGAGCAAUGCGAUAUGGUUUUCGUUAUGGAGGACAAAUACAAAGCUCACCUGAAAUUGCACUACCAAGCGGAGGAAACUGAAAACUCGGAAGGUAACUUUAGUAGCGAUUCAGAUCAAGAUGAGAAUUCAUCAACUAUCAAACAUAGAAAAAAACACGAAACAACCUGGCCUUGUUUCCGGUGUGAUAUCUGUUCGUAUAAAACCAAAUUCCUCAAACGAAUACAAAUCCACAUUAUGCGUCAGCACCCCAAGAAGCUGAUAAAGUGCGAUAAAUGUCCAAUGGUGUUCCUAGCACAAGACAAACUUGAUCAUCACAAAACGCUACACCCAUCGAAACGUUACUACGAAUGUCAUCUCUGUUCGAAAACAUGGAGCUCGUGGAACGCUUUGCGAGGACAUCUACAACGAGCCCAUUCAACACCUGCGAAACCAGUUAAAUUACCCAAACGAUCCAAACUAAGUGGAUAUGUCAACACCGAUGAAGCAGCUCGACUCGCAGCCAGUAAUUCUGAAUGGCCAUGGAUAGAAUGCGAUCUGUGUACAUUCCAAUCGAAAUAUCUUCAAAUUUUUCAAACUCAUAUGAAGGAGGUUCAUAAAGCGAUCAUCCUGCGAUGCAAUGCAUGUGAAUUAGUUUUCAGCACCCAAGAGAAACUUGACCGACACAUUGGUCUUCAUAAGGAUGGAGCCAUCUACGAAUGCCAUCUCUGCCCCAAAACUUAUUCCAAUAUUGAUUCGUUACGGUUUCAUAUGCGGCGGGUCCAUUCGCGAAAGAAACCCCAAGACGAAGUAGGAAAAAAAUUCCUCUGCUCCAUUUGUGGAGCAGCCUUUGAGCAAGAAAACUCACUGAAAACUCAUUCGAUUCGACAUACUGGGGUGAAACCACUUUCUUGUCCACAAUGUCCAUUCAAAUCCUUCACUCAAGGAGCGCUGAAGAUGCAUAUGCUAACUCACACCAAGGAGCGUGGUCGCUACGAGUGUGAAAUAUGUGGCAAAGCCUUUUCUAAUGGGUACGGUUUGAAGUUACAUACGCGAACUCAUACCGGUGAAAGACCCCAUCAAUGUCAAUCCUGUGAUAAACGGUUCUACACCCCGAAUCACCUCAAACGGCACGUUCGUUCUCACACAGGUGAUAAACCGUUCAAGUGUUUCUUCUGCGAGCGCAAGUUCUCCCAAAGUAACGAUUUGGUGAAACACAGUCGGAUUCAUUUCAACGGCAAUCCGUACCCAUGUGACCGGUGCGACGAAGCUUUCCGAUUACUGACGGAGCUUAGAAAUCACUAUAAGGUUCAUUUCUCAAUUGACGGUGCUCAGCAGUCUUCCAGUGGUGCCGAGGAGGUCAAAUUCAACAUUGUCAACAUGCUACGGCUAAGAUAUGAGCUGGAGAAGAAACGUGGUGCACUUCCGGUAAGUGAAAGUAACAAUGAGGCGGAAUGUAUAACAGAAACCACAGAAACUGAAAUCGUAAGCAAAAUGACUAUAAAAAGUGUCAUAAGUGCCCGGCACCUCAAACAUAGAGAAGGUUCUAAUUUAGUAGAAACCGGAACGGUGGUUCUGACAUUCAACAAGUGUUCCCCACCCGAAAAGGUUCAAGUUGCAUGUUAUCAAUUGCCCACUCGAACCUACUACCCAACCCCUAUGUUGUGUUAUAAAUGCGGAACUUUCGGACAUUUAAGCGACAAGUGUAAAAAUGAGCAAAUUUGUCUGAAGUGUUCUAACGAAACCCACGGCAAAGAUGUCCCAUGUCCGAAUCCUCAAAAAUGUAAGAACUGUUCGGCUGACCAUAGUGCCUUUAGUCGAGCAUGCCCGGUACGCAAACAUGAAGAACUUAUAGUGAAAACAAAAUACGACAUGGACAUAUCGUACCCGGCUGUCCGAAGAAUGGUCGAAGAACGAUCUGGAGCAAGGAGCUUCAGCAGCGUAGUUGUGGCCGGAAUAUCCGGUAGUGAAAACAGUGAAGCAAACGAAGAAAGACUACAGUGGAUAAGUGAGAUAAAAAAGAAAGAAGAAAUGAUAAAAGAAAAAGAAGUGUUCUACAUGACGAAAAUCGAAGAGUUGUGCAAAAAACAAGAAGAAAUGGAAAAGAAAAAUGAUGACUCUAAAAAAUUGGAUGAAAUGAAAGAAGCAAUGGAUAAAAAUGAAUACAUACGCCUUCUGGAGGAAAGGAUUCGCAGCCAAUGUGUACUUAUUGUGUCACAACAUAGUACAACCAAGGGCAAAAAUAUCGGAAAAGCACUAACGAAACGAACAUGGACUGACCGUGCUAAAUCUCAAGAUUCCGACAACUCGGACUCCUCAUCGCCCAAAGCUAAAGCACUAGCGUUGGACGAAGAAAGUCAAAUGGAUAUGUUUGAGGACUCGAUAUCUCAGCUUGCAGCCCAGAGAUCGCCCACAAACUCGUGUGGAGAUGCUGCAACGAUCUACAUGGAAGCGACCACACACACAUUUUCCUCGGGGAGCAAGAAACUACCGCUUCUAAACUGGCAUAAAUAUGAAACCGAAAUAGAAAACCGAAUUCAACCUGAUGUUUCUUACAGUAUUGAAGAGCUAUCCGAUAUCAUCCGGGCAGCAAGCGAAUCCUCUUCUAUUCCCAAAACCAACGAUACCGUUCAAAAACGUCAUAUCCCAUGGUGGGUUCGGAGGGUGGCAGAAGCGUUGAUAGUUGUUCAAAAAAGUUUAAAAAAAAACUGUAACAUGAAUACGUACAUGCUUCGAAUGUGUCGCGUUUGUGCAAAAUCGGCCAACAAUGAGGACUCAGGAAAAAAACAUUCGGAAGUGCGGCUCGAAAGUAUUCAUUCAUAUCCGGAUCCUUUGAAUGCCCACAGUAGUUACAAGGACAUGUUGUUCACAUUAUGCCCUCAGAUAUUUUCUGAAGAAAAAGAAAUCAACCGGUCUGGUUUACCGGAGUCGGUUUGUCCAGAGUGUCGUCAGCGAAUAGUUUCGGCCUUCGACCUUUACGAGUUAUGCAUCGACACGGAUCGGAAAUUGAGGCAACUAGCUUUAAAAGUGGAAGCAACUAAACCGGUUAAGGUUUUACUGAAAUUAGAAGAACCCGAGGAUCGCAAAGGUCUCUUUGAGCUGCUUGAGAUAUAUUCGGACGAAACUGGAAAAGACACUCACGAAGAUGACAUUUUUUUAAAUUGUAGCAGACUAGAAACAUCAAACGAAUCUGAACAUGAAAAUACCAACGAUGAUGAAGCUGAAGAUCCAAGCGAUUUUGAAGACGAAAAACCGAAUAUUUUUGACUUAGAAGAAUCAAGCGAAUCUGUUUCAUCUAAACGGAUUACGAAAUCACGAAUACGUGUAAGGUAUGAUGAAUCUACUCGAGCAUAUUUGGCGAACGCAAGCUGGCCAAACUUAAUAUGCGAUGGGUGCAGAUUCGAAACGAAAUACCCCAAAUCACUUAACCGCCACAUUACCGAAGUCCACAGCGAGACGAUGCUAAAAUGUAAGCUGUGUGAAAAAGUAUAUCUAAUUCAGGAAAAACUGUACAAGCACGAAAUACUCCAUGAACUAGGUGAUCGCGUCUAUGAGUGUGAUUUCUGUGAAAACGCAUUUGGCUCCUGGGGCUAUCUAAUGCAUCACUUCCGAACAAAGCACCGUCAACCUGGUCAAAAAGUGGCUAAAAAGCUCGUUGACUACGAGUCGCUUCGGGCAGCUGCAUACAACGUCCAUUGGCCAAGUUUGAAAUGCGACAUCUGUUCGUUCGAUUCCAAGUAUCCCCAAACAGUUCAAAAUCAUUUUAAGAAUGACCAUUCAGACCGUUUGCUGUGGUGCGAGCUUUGCGAGAGGGUAUUUUUAGAUCCCGAAAAGCUCAGUCGGCAUCUGGGACUUCACCCGAGUGGUCGAUUUUUCGAGUGCUUCCUGUGCGAUAAAACGUGGCUCGAUUGGAGCGCUUUACGGCGUCACCUCGAAAGGGCACAUUCAACCGAGAACUCCAACAGAGAAUCAUACAAGGAAAAGACCUGUAAAGCAUGUAAUAAAACGCACCCUUCGGGAAUAGGCGUUUGCGUUAAAUUGGAACAAGGCGCAAAAGUGUUAACCGAUGAAAGCUUUUCAGAUGAUGAAAAUGUUCAACAACUGUCACCUAAAAUCAAACCACCUGCUCGCGAAUCGGUGUAUGGUGCCAAUUGGCCUUCGCAAAAAUGCGAUAUUUGUCCGUUUGACUGUAAAUAUCCCAAGACGAUGAACGAACAUUUUCGUUUUGCACAUCGAAAACGGCUGCUAUCGUGCGAUAUGUGCGACUCGGUUUUUGUCGAACAGGAUAAAUUGGAUAUUCAUCGGGCACUUCAUGAAACCGGUCGACCAUAUCAGUGCCAUCUUUGUCCCACCAGCUAUCGCAAUCCAAGAUCUGUUCUUAUUCAUUUGAGACGUUUUCAUUCUGAUGAAAACAAGGAGCCUGAUUUAAAAAAUGAGAGUUCUGAAUUGAAUAAUUUGGACAAUGAUGGUACUUCCGAGGACAAUGGUUCAGCAAUUGAAGGGUCGGUGCAGAAAAAAACCCAAAAGAAGGUAACCCGGAAAAGGAGCUCAUGUCUAAAGUGUGACAUUUGUCCGUUUGAAUCGAAAUUUCCGAAGACAUUGCUGGGUCACUUGAAACAAAGCCACGAGGCGCAACUCAUUGAUUGUGAGCAAUGCGACAUGGUAUUCGUUAUGGAGGACAAACACAAAGCUCACCUGAAAUUGCACUACCAAGCGGAGGAAACUGAAAACUCGGAAGGUAACUUUAGUAGCGAUUCAGAUCAAGAUGAGAAUUCAUCAACUAUCAAACAUAGAAAAAAAUACGAAACAACCUGGCCUUGUUUCCGGUGUGAUAUCUGUUCGUAUAAAACCAAAUUCCUCAAACGAAUGCAAAUCCACAUUAUGCGUCAGCACCCCAAGAAGUUGAUAAAGUGCGAUAAAUGUCCAAUGGUGUUCCUAGCACAAGACAAACUUGAUCAUCACAAAACGCUACACCCAUCGAAACGUUACUACGAAUGUCAUCUCUGUUCGAAAACAUGGAGCUCGUGGAACGCUUUACGAGGACAUCUACAACGAGCCCAUUCAACACCUGCGAAACCAGUUAAAUUACCCAAACGAUCCAAACUAAGUGGAUAUGUCAACACCGAUGAAGGGGCUCGACUCGCAGCCAGUAAUUCUGAAUGGCCAUGGAUAGAAUGCGAUCUGUGUACAUUCCAGUCGAAAUAUCCUCAAACUUUUCAAACUCAUAUGAAGGAGGUUCAUAAAGCGAUCAUCUUGCGAUGCAAUGCAUGUGAAUUAGUUUUCAGCACCCAAGAGAAACUUGACCGACACAUUGGUCUUCACAAGGAUGGAGCCAUCUACGAAUGCCAUCUCUGCCCCAAAACUUAUUCCAAUAUUGAUUCGUUAAGGUUUCAUAUGCGACAGGUCCAUUCGCGAAAGAAACCCCAAGCCGAAAUAGAAAAAAAAUUCCUUUGCUCCAUUUGUGGAGCAGCCUUUGAGCUAGAAAACUCACUGAAAACUCAUUCGAUUCGACAUACUGGGGUGAAACCACGUUCUUGUCCACAAUGUCCAUUCAAAUCCUUCACUCAAGGAGCACUGAAGAUGCAUAUGCUGACUCACACCAAGGAGCGUCGCUACGAGUGUGAAAUAUGUGGCAAAGCCUUUUCUACUGGGUACGGUUUGAAGUUACAUACGCGAACUCAUACCGGUGAAAGACCCCAUCAAUGUCAAUCCUGUGAUAAACGGUUCUACACCCCGGAUCACCUCAAACGGCACGUGCGUUCUCACACGGGUGAUAAACCGUUCAAGUGUUUCUUCUGCGAGCGCAAGUUUUCCCAGAGUAACGAUUUGGUGAAACACAGUCGGAUUCAUUUCAACGGCAAUCCGUACCCAUGUGACCGGUGCGACGAAGCUUUCCGAUUACUGACGGAGCUGAGAAAUCACUAUAAGGUUCAUUUCACAAAUGACGGUGCUCAGCAGUCUUCCGGUGGUGCCGAGGAGGUCAAAUUCAACAUUGUCAACAUGCUACGGCUAAGAUAUGAGCUGGAGAAGAAACGUGGUACACUUCCGGUAAGUGAAAGUAACAAUGAGGCGGACUGAGAGAUUUUCAGAGUGAUUGGGAAUAAAAACUAGUUUAGGUCCAAUGUCUACAGGAAAUCUACCAUCCGAACAAUCCGU